AAAAAAUUAUUUUUAAAAGUAAAAAUUUAUGGUUUUUGAGUUUAUUGCUUGCGGCGUGGUUACAUAUUUAGCUUUAGGGUUUUGAUAUUAUUGUCUUUGUUGAUGGGAUUUUUUUAAUUUUUGGAAGUAUAGCUCGUAGUUCUAUUACUUACAUUAGUUGAUUCUUUGCCCUGUGGGAUUCAUGGUUGUAACUCCAGCGUAUAUACAGAGAUUGUUACUGGUCGUUAAUGGAGGAAGUAAAGCUCAAGCAUAGAGAGUAUUGUUGGAUGUUUGGAAUGAGUGUUUUUCAGGAAGAUGAGAAUAAGAGUAAUAAGGAUGGUACUCUAGGAAUUGGAGAGAACAACGGGAAUGCGGUCAUCAGUAAUACGUGUGGGGUUCAUGGCUGUAAGUCGAAGGCAAUGGCGCUUACGAGGUUCUGUCAUAUGUAUAUAUUGUCAGAUUCCAAGCAAAAGUUGUACAAGGCUUGCAGUUUUGUCAUUAAAAGGGAAAUUGAAGUGAUCAAAUUUGAAGGGUCGCCGCAAGUCAAUUUGAUCACAUUGAAGUGGAUGAUGUAGAGUUUUUGAACUAUUCUAAAAGUUUGAAUACAUUAUAUUUGAUUUUGUGAAAUAUAUUCAUUGCUAUAAUAUAUUGAACUAUUGUAAGAGUACUUUUUGAACUAUUGUGUACACAUAUUUAGAAUAUUGCUUUAUAAGUAUGUGUAUGUACACAAGA